GCGGGGCCGCCCCGCGCCAGGAGCCGCCGGAGCCUCCAUUGUUCCGGGCCCGGCCCGGCCCCGCCGCCAUGGCCCCGCCGCCCCCGCCCGCCGCGACCGGGCUCCGCCGCUGAGCGCGGCCUCCGGGCGGCCGAGGUGACGCCAUGGGGGUGGACUUUGACGUGAAGACAUUCUGCCACAAUCUGCGGGCCACCAAGCCUCCCUACGAGUGCCCCGUGGGCACCUGCCGCAAGAUCUACAAGAGCUACAGCGGCAUCGAGUACCAUCUUUACCACUAUGACCAUGACAACCCCCCUCUACCCCAGCAUACUCCCAUCCGCAAACACAAGAAGAAGGGGCGCCAGGCCCGCGCCGCCAACAAGCAGUCCCCCAGCCCUUCGGAGACCUCGCAGUCACCAGGCCGUGAAGUGAUGACCUACGCCCAGGCCCAGCGCAUGGUGGAAGUGGACUUGCACGGGCGCGUGCACCGCAUCAGCAUCUUUGACAACCUGGAUGUAGUAUCAGAGGAUGAGGAGGCUCCUGAGGAGGUGCCAGAGAAUGGGAGCAACAAGGAGAACACCGAGACCCCAGCCACCACCCCUAAAGCUGGCAAGCACAAGAACAAGGAGAAGCGCAAGGAUUCCAACCACCACCAUCACCACAGCGCCUCAGCAGGCACCACCCCCAAGCUCCCAGAGGUGGUGUACCGGGAGCUGGAGCAGGACACCCCAGAUGCGCCACCUCGCCCCACUUCUUACUACAGGUACAUUGAAAAGUCAGCAGAGGAGCUGGAUGAGGAGGUGGAGUAUGACAUGGACGAGGAAGAUUAUAUCUGGCUGGAUAUCAUGAAUGACCGACGGAAGACAGAGGGUGUGAGUCCCAUUCCCCAGGAGAUCUUUGAGUACUUAAUGGACCGGCUGGAGAAGGAGUCCUACUUUGAGAGUCACAAUAAGGGGGACCCUAAUGCCCUGGUUGAUGAGGACGCAGUCUGCUGCAUCUGCAACGAUGGAGAGUGUCAGAACAGCAAUGUCAUCCUCUUCUGUGACAUGUGCAACCUGGCUGUCCAUCAGGAGUGCUAUGGGGUGCCCUACAUCCCCGAGGGCCAGUGGCUCUGCAGAAGGUGUCUCCAGUCCCCCUCCAGGGCAGUGGACUGUGCUCUGUGCCCAAACAAAGGUGGUGCUUUCAAGCAGACAGACGAUGGGCGCUGGGCACAUGUGGUCUGUGCCCUCUGGAUCCCAGAGGUUUGCUUUGCCAACACUGUGUUCCUGGAGCCCAUAGACAGCAUUGAACACAUCCCACCUGCCCGGUGGAAGCUGACCUGCUACAUCUGCAAGCAGCGUGGCUCUGGGGCUUGCAUCCAGUGCCAUAAGGCCAACUGCUACACUGCCUUCCAUGUCACCUGUGCCCAGCAGGCUGGACUCUACAUGAAAAUGGAGCCCGUUCGGGAGACGGGAGCAAACGGCACCUCCUUCAGUGUGCGCAAAACUGCCUACUGUGACAUCCACACACCACCCGGCUCUGUGCGCAGGCUCCCCGCUCUCUCCCACAGCGAAGGGGAGGAGGAGGACGAGGAGGAGGAGGAGGAGGGCAAAGGCUGGAGCUCAGAGAAGGUGAAAAAGGCAAAGGCCAAAUCCAGAAUCAAAAUGAAGAAGGCAAGGAAGAUCUUGGCAGAAAAGCGAGCAGCAGCACCUGUGGUGUCAGUGCCCUGCAUCCCACCUCACAGGCUCAGUAAGAUCACCAACCGUUUAACCAUCCCGAGGAAGAGCCAGUUCAUGCAGAGACUUCACAGCUACUGGACGCUGAAGAGACAGUCCCGCAACGGGGUGCCUCUGCUCCGCCGGCUGCAGACACACUUGCAGUCACAACGGAACUGUGACCAGAGGGAGACAGAGGAUAAGAAUUGGGCCCUGAAGGAGCAGCUGAAAUCAUGGCAGCGCCUCCGCCAUGACCUGGAGCGCGCGCGCCUGCUGGUGGAGCUGAUACGCAAACGGGAGAAGCUCAAGAGAGAGACGAUUAAAAUCCAGCAGGUGGCGCUGGAGAUGCAGCUGACCCCCUUCCUCAUCCUCCUCCGCAGGACUCUGGAGCAGCUCCAGGAGAAGGAUACGGGCAACAUCUUCUGCGAGCCGGUCCCUCUGUCUGAGGUCCCAGACUAUCUAGAUCACAUCAAGAAGCCAAUGGAUUUCUAUACCAUGAAGCAGAACCUAGAGGCCUAUCGCUACCUGAACUUUGAUGACUUUGAGGAAGAUUUCAACCUGAUUGUCAGCAACUGCUUGAAAUACAAUGCCAAGGACACAAUAUUUUACCGUGCGGCCGUCCGGCUGCGAGAGCAGGGGGGAGCUGUACUGCGCCAGGCUCGCCGGCAAGCGGAGAAGAUGGGCAUUGAUUUUGAGACAGGCAUGCACUUUCCACACUGCAUCCCUGUGGAUGAAGCGCUGCACCGAGACGCAGAGGAGGAGGAGAUGCGGCUGUUGCUGUCAGAGAACCAGAAGCACCUGCCCUUGGAGGAGCAGCUUAAGAUCUUGCUGGAGCACUUGGAUGAGGUCAAUGCUGGGAAGCAGAGCGUCGGGCGCUCCCGCCGUGCCAAGAUGAUCAAGAAGGAGAUCACAAUCCUGCGCCGGAAGUUGGCUCACCCACGGGAUGUGCUGGACAGACACGGCCCCUCCGCCAGGGGGAUUCUGCAGGCCCACCACCCCUGCGAGAAGGACAUGCAGACCGACAGCGCUGCAGAGGAGAGCAGCAGCCAGGAAACUGGCAAAGGUCUGGGCCCCAACUCUUCCUCCACCCCAGCGCAUGAGGUCGGCAGGAGGACUUCUGUGCUCUUCUCCAAAAAGAACCCCAAAACCGCAGGGCCCCCAAAACGCCCCGGACGCCCACCCAAGAACCGGGACAGCCAGCUAGCUGCAGGGCAUGGGAGUAGCCCAAUAGGUCCCCCACAGCUUCCAGUAAUGGAGGGGUCGCAGCGACAGCGGAAAAGAGGGAGGAGCCCACGGCCAAGUUCCAGCUCAGAGAGUGACAGCGAUAAAUCCACCGAAGACCCUCCCAUUGACCUGUCAGCCAAUGGCUUCAGUGGCGGGAGCCAGCCAGUUAAAAAGAGCUUCCUGGUUUACCGGAACGACUGCAGCCUUCCGCGAAGCAGCUCUGACUCGGAGUCCAGCAGUAGCAGCAGCAGCAGUGCUGCCUCGGAUCGUACCAGCACGACGCCCUCGAAGCAGGGCAGAGGGAAGCCCUCCUUCUCCCGUGCGAACUUCCCGGAGGACAGCAGUGAGGAUACCUCUGGAACGGAAAACGAGUCCUACUCUGUUGGUGCUGGGCGAGGGGUGGGUCACAGCAGUGAGUAUCUUGGGCCUCGGCCAGCAGCCUCCAGCUCCUGUCGCUGUCUGGAACCGUCGGUGCUAAUUCUCCCCCCGCUUUUCUUUGGCGCAGUGGUGCGGAAGAGCAUUGGGCGUGGAGCCGGGUGGUUGUCGGAAGACGAAGACUCCUCUCUGGAUGCCUUGGACCUGGUGUGGGCUAAGUGCCGGGGGUACCCGUCGUACCCAGCACUGAUCAUUGAUCCGAAGAUGCCACGGGAGGGUAUGUUCCAUCAUGGUGUCCCCAUCCCAGUGCCUCCCUUGGAGGUGCUGAAGCUGGGAGAGCAGAUGACUCAGGAAGCACGAGAGCAUCUCUACCUCGUCCUCUUUUUUGACAACAAGCGCACCUGGCAGUGGCUGCCCCGGACCAAGCUUGUGCCACUGGGUGUGAACCAGGACCUGGAUAAGGAGAAGAUGCUGGAGGGCCGCAAGUCAAACAUCCGCAAGUCUGUGCAGAUCGCCUACCACCGUGCCAUGCAGCAUCGCAACAAGGUGCAAGGCGAACAGAGCAGUGACUCCAGCGAGAGCGACUGACACCAGCUGCUGCCUCGUUGAUCCACUGGCUCUGCUCAUGGCUUCUCAGUCUCAGGGCAAACAGGGCUCUCAGUCCUGGGCACUUAGUGCAGCUGGUCUGUACAGGAGCAGGGGCUUGCCCUAGUCACUGGGACAGAGAGCGUGCUCCUGAAAGCAGCUGUGUCUGAGCACCUGGUGUUUGCAGCACAGGAGUGAGUGUGUUAGAGCAGAAGCAGGCAGAGCUGUAGCCUGCUGCAGAAGGCAGUGCCUAGCAGUACCCUCUGUACCCUCCCUCUUUUCCACCUGGCGCUGCUCGAGCCUCCCCUCCUACUCAGCUGCCCUGCCUGUCCCUGCUUUGUCUCGAAUUUCACAUUCCCGGGGCAUGGCCAUUGCCCAGCGAGGCCCGGGUCCCUGGGGCUGGUGCCUCGCUCACUGAGCACAUCUCCAGCGGGUGCAGUUCCCAUGUCCGUAGGGGCACUGUAAAUACUGUACAGGAUGGAGAAUUUAAAUUAUUCUCAGUUGUAGCCCGUUUCAGUGUCUUGGGGGAAGCAUUUUGGUACUAAACAGCGCUUCCUAUCAGGGCCCUUCCAGGCCGCGUAGCCCAGGACGUCUCUUUGUAAUCUUCUUACUCGCACACUUUGAUACGGGAGCUCUUGGGAUCGGCUGCGCCCGGCCCGCCCCCGCUGGACUCGCGUCUCCUCCCCGCCACGCUCGGGCGCUCGUUUGUAUUUAUUUGGAAGGAAGAAAAUCUAUGGGUUCUUAGAAAAUAAACCGUCUAUGGGGA